AUGUCAUUAUGUUUCAUGCUGCCUGCUGUUGUUGGGGAAAAGUGCUUGUGGGUUGCAGCUGCUGCUGUGCAGAUCAUCGGUGAGCUGCGCGGAGGAUUGGUGAAUGGCGGGGGAAAAAAAUCAUCCAAUUGGCUAAAAUGCGCCAGAAGCUUCGGUGCUCGAUACGCUGCAGCUGCGAUCGGGGGAGAGAAGGGCACAGAGUUCUUCGGCGACCCCUACACCAUCAUGGCCCGUGCCGUCCUGCGAUCUCCCGGUGCCCUUGCUUGGCUGCUCCUCUGCAGGCUGUACGGUUCAAUUGCUGGGCCAAUACAUGUGGAUCCACAGGAGACUGCUGUGUGGGGAAAGAAUGUCACUUUGAAGUGCUUAAUUGAGGUCAAUGAAGCAAUAACCCAGAUCUCAUGGGAAAAAAACAUUGGCAAGACUACUCAGACCAUAGUUGUCCACCACCCUAUCUUUGGAACAUCUGUUCAAGAAUCAUAUCAGAAUAGAACCAUGUUUAAAAAUACAUCGCUUCAUGAUGCAACAAUUGUGAUAAAUAAUGUAGGCUUCUCUGAUGCGGGGGAAUAUAUAUGCAAAGCAGUUACAUUCCCACUCGGAACUAUUCAGUCCGCAACCACGGUGACUGUGCUCGUUGAACCAACUGUGAGUAUAACUAAAGGACCUGAUUCUUUAAUGGAUGGUGCAAAUGAAACUGUAGCAGCCAUCUGUACAGCUGCUACAGGAAAACCUGCUGCAGAGGUGAGCUGGGAAGAGGCUCUUGGAAAGGCAGAAGUGAAUUCCACAAUCUUUACAAACAAAACUGUCACAGUCAUAAGCCAAUACAAGCUGGUCCCUACAAGAUUUGCAAGAAGAAGAAACAUAACUUGUGUUGUAAAGCAUCCAGCUUUGGAGAAUGAUAUUAGGUAUCCUUUUACAUUGGAUAUAAAAUAUGCUCCUGAAGUUUCAGUAACAGGUUACGAUGGCAAUUGGUUUGUUGGCCGGAAAAAUGUCCAGCUGAAAUGUAAUGUUGAUGCAAAUCCACCCCCCACAGAAAUAAAAUGGACAAGGUUAGAUGGGGUCUGGCCCGAAGGCUUGUUGUCUGUCAAUAAUACACUAUAUUUCAGCUACCCUGUAACUCAUAAUGUUUCUGGGAUAUAUGUGUGCAGAGUGACCAAUGCCCUUGGUCAGAAAAGUGACCAAAAGAUCAUCACUGUUUUAGAUCCUCCUGCUACUACUCCUCCUCCUACAAGUCCACAGACCCAUUCAUCCAUUGACAUUGCAGGCUUAGCAACGACUUCCAGAAAGUUGAAUAUACCAGUUUCAACCAUGGCAACCAUGCAGGAUGGAAACUUUGGCACCAUUAUUGGCAGCGUUGUAGGAGGUUGCCUGUUUUUGAUCCUUAUCAUUGUGCUAUUUGGAGUUAUCUACCAUAGGAGGAAACAGACGUUUCGAGGUGAUUAUUUUACUAAGAGCUACAUUCCUCCAUCUGAUAUGCAGAAGGAGUCUCAGAUCGAUGUGCUCCAACCUGAAGAUCUUGACCCGUUUCCUGACAACCUGAAAAAGGAAGUUGACAUUAAAAGCAAUGAUCAUAUGUACAAUGAGUAUCUUCACGAUGAUAAUGCUGACUGGAACCAUAUUGUUAGCUAUAACAGAUAUCAGGAACAAUUUGACAGACCAGUCAACAACUUUACUGACAAAAACAUGCCUAUAGUUUCAAGGUACAAUCAGAACUUCGACAACGAAGAUGAUUUGGUCUCACAUGUGGAUGGUUCUGUUAUAUCCAGAAGGGAGUGGUACGUGUAGAGACUGCAGCAAUUGAACUGUGUAUUCAGCUACAUGAUUGUCAAAGUGAAAUUUCUGAUUUUUUUUUUUUUUUUUUUUAUUCAUACCCAUUUACCAUGUCUUGAAAUGAAUUUAUACAAUAGGGUUUCUCAAACCUCCGCUCAACACAGAGUAUGUAAAUAAGAUUUAGCUUUGAAUAUUUGAUUUGGUAAAAUAACGGUUAAGAAAUCUCAAAAUCCCUAUCUAUGAAGGAUGUACAUGAUGGUCUGGCACUAGUUCAGUAGAUAUGUUGUCACGUGCUAUACCAAACCGCAGCUAAUAACAUUUCAGCUUUGGCUAGUUUGAGAGCUAAAGUUUCAUUGGAUGUCAUAUGUUAUAGCAGUACUAUUUGCACCAUGAUAUUCAUAGGCCUUAUAGCUCAUUAAAUUACCUCAAUGGUACAGCAAGAUUUAGUGUAUUUUAUCAAAUAAACUCAUAUUCAUUAGAUUUUCUGCCACGGCUUUGGAAAUGCUUAAAAAAAUUGCUGCUAUCAAUUCAAUGCACAGUACUGUACUCAAAUUGUGUUUUAGAUGAGCACUUAAGCAAAUGAAGACAUUUAAAAUGCUUUGUUACGUUCAAGGCUGCAGUUUAUUUUUGUAAGGUAUUUUUUAGCAGUUUUCUACUUUUUAUUUUUUUCUACAGCUCCGAUAAAGUGCUGUUCUGCAUUUCAGAAAAAAUAUACAUGUUUUAUGCUGUAUAAUAUGCCAAUACCCACUUUAUGUAGA